AUGUCUGCGACUCAGGAAUUCACCCUCAAGGAGGUUGAGGCCCACAACACCAAGAAGGACCUCUACAUGGUCAUCCACGACAAGGUCUACGACUGCACCAGCUUCGUCGAUGAGCACCCUGGUGGUGAGGAAGUCCUCCUGGACGUCGGUGGCCAGGACGGUUCCGAGGCCUUCGAGGAUGUCGGCCAUUCCGAUGAGGCACGUGAGAUUCUUGACGGUCUGCUUGUCGGCAGCGUGAAGCGCAUGCCCGGUGACCCCGCCCCCAAGGCCCAGGCUUCUACCUCCUCCGGCUCUUCUCCCUCCUCUUCUUCCGGCGGCUUUGGUGUCGGUCUCUACGCUUUCAUCCUUGUUGGUGGUGCCAUUGCCUACGGUGUCUACAACUACCUUGAGGCCCAGAAGCAGCAGCAGUAA